CAGGAUUAGAAGGAGAGGUAAAAUCAGAGACUGAACCACCUCCAGUUGAGAAAGAACCUGAAAAAGAAGUGGUUACAAAAACAAAAGAAACACGUGCAAUGAAGGAGAAGAAAGACUCUACGAGCAGUGAACUUCCAAGUCUAAAUCGAGACGAAAUAAAACACAAAGUCCUGACGGAAAAAGCAAAAAUGUACAUAAAACCACAUAGAGGCUGCGCUACAUCUGAUUAUCUAAUGUCGGUGAGAGAGAAAAAUUGCGUGAAAGAUUUUCCAGAAUGGGAUAGUAGUCAAAAAUCAUUGACCAGAUCAAUGAUAGAGUCCAAGAAAAAAUUGUCGAUCGCUGAAAAUUUAUUACGACAAAAAAGGGAAGAAUUUGUGAGGAAUUGUCAGGAUAGGGAUAAACAGAUCAAAGAGCUGACAGGUAAAGAGUUGAAACUGAAGGAAUCUUUUGAGUUUUUCGAUGAAUUUGUGAAGGAGAAUAUGGAGAAAAGAGAGAGAGCCGUGGAAAGGAAGAGGAUAGAAAGGGAAGCGCGUGAUAAGAUAAUGCAGGAUAUAAGUAGAGUGAAUAGGAGAAUAGGGAGGCUAAGGAUAAUCAGGCAAGAGAUGAUGGAGAGUAUUGAGGAGAAUUCAAAGUAUAGGGAUUAUCUGCUGGAUGCUGGAGUGAAGAUGCCUAAGGAAUUCAGCUCCGAUCCAGAGAAAAUAAUCGAGCGCUAUGAGUUGUUGAGAGGAAUCAGAGUUGAGUUGGAAGAACUGCAGGAAAAUCAGAUCAACAACAUCCAGAAAACGAGUACGACAAUACAUGAGGAAACGGGAGUCAGAUCGGAUCAUCUGAUCACGCUGAGGAAUCAAUUGACCGAUCUGCAUAAACGCGAGCAGCUGGCUGGGCAACAAGUAUGGAAAUGGCGUGGUAUCCUUCGAGAGGUGUCGAAAAAAUCAUCUGAUUCAGGAAUCGAAGGUCAGCGCCUGAAGAAAGCCUGCGACGAACUCUACCUGCAGGUCUGCAAGGACCUCAAGAGGUCAGCUGAUUCGCCUGUGAAAGCCGCACCCAGCGAACAGCUGAGACUUGUGCGAGAGCGAAUUCUCGAGCUGAGACAGAUCAUCCGAGUUGCUAGGCAGAGAGCGUUCCGUACUUUCUCGGAUGUGCCCAACUCUUCCUUCUCGCUCAAAGAGAGAGAGUCAAGGAAGAAGAGUAGAUCGGCUACAAAUGGAGAGAGAAAGUGACAGAGGAAAUGGAGA